AUGGGAAGUCCUCAUAUCGUGGUGUGCAGCAGGGGGACGGCAUCUCUUGCGGGGACGGAGACGCAGAGGACUCCAGACCGACACGAGGAGGAGGCGACGAUGGAAGCGGCUGCAGUGGGGACUGGAGUGGAACUGAGCUUCGCUGCCGUGAAUUCCGCUGCCGCUGUCGACGACUCAGCCCCACCCUCUGCCACUGCCGGGAUGGCACCGUCGCCUGCGGAGGAGCGGGGACUGGAGGCAGAGUGGGGACAGGAGGGGGAGGCGGCGAGGGUGGCGCCACUGGCCCAAGCGGCUGGGGAGGCAGCCGAGGAGAUGAUGACGAGGCCUGGGGCGCGUGCCGAGCAACACGCGGAACAGAGUGCGGUGGACGAGGCUGCCGGUGCGUGCGUCGGAACGCCUGCUGCUGCGGGGCUGAAGGACCGCGGAGGCACGCCCAGGAGGAGGGUGCGAGCAGGGGACAUGGGAGAAGAGGUAGCACAAUCCGGCAACACGGGAGCAGGCGCGGCAGCGGAAGGUGCAGCACAGCCAUCCGAAAAAUCCCCAGCUGAGCUGGCAGAGGACGAGAGCAUCUGGCAACUUGCCAGCGCAUGGGAUGUUACUCCACUCCAGCGGAUGGACCAGCCCUUCCUAGUCCGCCGAAUGCCCCCGAAGAUCCUGGAGAAUUACACGCUGUGCCUUCUGGCGCCUCUUUUGCGCUUAGCUAAGAACCCUGACUGCUUAGGAGCUUGGACGGUGCUGCAGUUCCUACCACGUCUGACCCUUCGGCCCCUACUAGAGCCGGUGGAAGGGAACCGAUGGAUCAAAAUUGAGACGAGGCUACACCACUUCAGGCUCGGUGACCUUGCAGACCUCUACAGUGAAGCCUGCGCCGUACCCGUUACCGAGGCCCCGUCUAGACACCAACCAGAUGACGCAGGCCUCUGUGCGAGGGCAGAAGGGCUGAUUAAAAAAGCGAACAUUUCCAAAGCAGUGGCUGCGCUACAAGUGACCCUGCUAGUGGAAGCAACACCAACUACUCUUGCGGCGUUAUGA